AUGCACUUCCCCGACGAGGGUGCAGGUGGCAAGUGCAACAAGGAGUUUUGGAGCAAGUGGAUUCCGCGUCGCAUCAAGCACAAUGCCUUCGUGCUCUCCCUGUGGGCCUGCGUGUGGCUGCUCGGCACCUACCCUUUGGGACGUCCUCUGAGCGAGGGCUGGCGGUUCAUGUUCACUGUGUCCGUCUUCGCUCGCAUCGGCUACUCCGCGGCCUGGAUGUUCAUCACCAACUUCACUCACAGCUUGCCUUGGAACGAGUUCCUCGCGCAGGAUCCUGGCCGCACGUGGCCGGUGCUUCACAACGUGAUGGCCAUGGUGCUCGGCGGGAAGCACCGCUGGAACGAGAUGCUCUUCCACGACGUGCACCAUGCCUUCCCGAACGCGGUCGGCACGCUGAGCCAGCGCGGCCGCUUCCACGGCUGGGAGAAGGUGCACGACGCCGCUGCCGAGGUCCUUCAUCGAGGCCUGUGGAAGCCCAAUGGUGAUGAGGAGACCCAGAUGCAGAAGACCCAGUGCCGUGGAGGCGGAUCAGAAUGGCUUUCACUGUUUUGGGCUGCCAAAUCUACCGAGAAGUUUCCGCCGCCUGUGGAUUACAACCGCCUGUGGAUUAGGAGUGACAGUCCUUUGAACCAGAAUCGCAGCGCAGG